AUGGAUCUCAGUCUAUUUCUGAAUAGCCUCCUAGAGUUUUAUCUGAGCUUCGGCUUAGAAUAUUUAUAUGACAAUCUCAACAUAAUUUCCAUCUUGGUGUUGAGCUUGUUCCUCUUCUUCUUUAUUUUCUUCGUGGGAAUUCCAUCAAUCCCAACCUUCUGGAAAAGUGAACGGACACAGAAGGAGGGCAGAGUCAAGAGGAGAAGGAAAGGUGGGACACGGGGAGGUUCGAGAUAUUUUUAUAACAAAGUGGAGGAGGAAAGGGAGCUGAUUGCUUUCCUGAAAAGGUCCUCCUUUCCUUGUGGCUUUGGCUGUAUCAUUUUACCUCCUGUCUCCUGCAGCCCCCUGGGACGGAAUCAUGAUUCCAAUCACUUUCGUCAACUUUUAUGUCCAGACCCCUCCUGUGACAUAUGUAACAAUGCAACUGCUGAAAUCAAUCGACUUUUCUCAAAGGCUCUGGAAAGAUCUACUCCUUCAGUGUCCCCUGUGGUAUCCACAGCUCCCUUGAGAGCUCUGGAAAAGUCUACUCCAUCAGUGUCCCCUGUGGUUUCCCCAGCUCCCAUGACAGCUCUGGAAAGGUCUACUCCAUCAGUGUCCCCUGUGGUUUCCACGACUCCCAUGACAGAGCCUUCAUUCCACCAGUCUUCUGCUCUCCCAGGAGUCCCUCUGACUCAACCUUCCCCAACACCACCCUCAGUUCUGCCCUUAAACUCAAUGACCACCUUGGAUAAUUCCCUUUCACCCUCACCAAUGUCUCAAACUCUGCCUAAAGAGCCUUCUUCUCACUCAGAAUCUGAAUUUCCAGUAAAGAAGUCCCCACCUCAAAGCAAAGACUUGUUCUCUUCAAACUUGACACAAUAUGAUUUCCAUCAAAAGUUGCCUGACAUCCAUUCUACAAAAAACUCUUCUGUGGAAGAGUCUGUAGCAAAACUUAUAGAUCCAACACAACUCUCCUUUCUCAGCCCUUAUGGGCAUGACUCAGUAGGGCAGAACUCACAUCCUAAGACCUGGGAGGAUGAUUUAAAGAAAGAAGUUAUCCAGCUUUUCUGGGGGCUUCCAUCUCUGCACAGCGAGUCCUUGCUCUCUGCUGUGCAUGCCUCCGGUUACUAUCCAAUCUUCAAUAGCAUCUCAAGUGCCUUUAUAGGCCAAGGAUCCUCAGGACUUCCCUAUUUCCUACCUCCAUCCUUGCCUAAGGUCCAACCUCAACUUCUGCCUCCAACUCUGCCUCUAUGCCAUUACUCACCUCUCACUCAACUCCAACCCCAGGUCCACCUUCAAUCCCCACUCCCAAUCCUACCAGCUGGUCUCAUAGACCAGACUAGGGUCUGUGGAGUGUAUUGCCAGACACCCCUGAAUGAAUCAGAAAGUCUCACCUCAUCUGAUAUUGAAGAACUGAAAUGGAAUGUGUUAAAGAAGGAACAGGAAGGUUUGUGUAGUUUACCCUCUCUGGAUCAAAGUUCUUGGGAAGCCUGCUGUUCUUCAGCUCCCGCCUCUCCUUACUAUGGGCCCUGCAAGGCACAUAUUUCAAUCUCCAUUGAUCAUUUUGAGUAUCCUCUCAGCAUUGAGUUUAGAAAGAAAUUUGAAUGUCACCUUAAAAAGAGGCUCAUCCAACACCGGUGGGGCCUGCUCCUCAGGAUCCAUGAGUCUCUGUCCCUCAUGAAGCCUAGGUGUGAAUACUCAAAAAUAUCCAACCCAGAAUGCUGCUAUGGCAUCACAGGGAUCCCUAUAUAUAAGGCCAACGGUAGCAAAAUUCUAAAUGGAGUCACCCCAUCAGCAGACUUCUAUAAGCAGGGCUCAGAAAUGUCUCAGCUGUCUGAUAAUGAGACAGACAGCUUAGCUAGUUAUCCAAAAGGCUUGAUGAGUGACUCAGACAGUACUUCAGAUAAGAAUGUGAGAAAUGACGGUGAUAUGAGGAGUGUUGCAAGGCAGAGUGUAAGUCAGAGACAGCUGGACAAUAUUCAGAAAGUACAUGUGAACAACAAUUUUGAGGAAAUCAUGGAGAGUCACCUACCUGGUACUGUACAUAUUUCUCAACCCUAUAUCCAGCAUACACUUACUGAGGAAUCCAACAGGGAAAUUAAACAGCGAAGUCUGCCACCAUCAGUGGGUGGGGACUACUGUCUGAACAAGUGCCAGGAACCUUCCUUUCUUCCAGAGAUACUGGAAGACCAGGAUACCAACUUGCCUACGAAGACAUUUGGAGACCUCCCUGCUAA